AUGGUGAAAGAGCCGAGACAACUUUCCAAGAUUUUGAAUGAUCGAGGAGCAAAUAAAGCUCAAGAUCAAAUUCCGUCUCCUCAAUCACCUUUUAAGUAUGGUAAUUUAAAGUGCAUUGGACGGGGAAAUUUUGGAGACGUAUAUAAGGCUAGUGACUUGACAUCCAAAUCGAAACAAUUAGUGGCUAUCAAAGUGACGAAUUUAGAUGACUCAUCAGAUGAUAUACAACAGAUUAUCAAUGAAAUCCAGUUUUUGUCAAAAUUGAGACACGUUAAUAUAAUUCGGUAUAUUGAGAGUUUUGCACAAAAUUACAACAUGUUUAUUGUAAUGGACUAUUGCGGCGGGGGUUCCUGUUCUGAUUUAUUGAAAUAUCAUAAGAAAUUAAAAGAUCAUAUAGUGAGCUACAUUAUUAAAGGUGUAUUACAAGGAUUAAGUUAUUUGCAUGGGCAGCAAACUGUGCAUCGUGAUGUCAAGGCUGCAAAUAUCUUGUUGACCGAGAAUGGAAUUAUUAAAUUAGCCGAUUUUGGGGUUAGCACUGAGCUAACAAUGACCAAGAGGAAGAAACACACAUUUGUUGGCACUCCAUUUUGGAUGGCACCAGAAGUUAUAACUAGAGGUGCAUCUUAUGGGAGAGUGAAAAAAAACGAAGGCUACGAUUACAAAGCUGAUAUCUGGUCCAUGGGGAUUACGACAAUCGAGCUAAUCAAUGGAGCACCUCCACUAGCAGAGCAUGACCCAUUAAAGAUUUUGUUUGAAAUUCCCAAGAAGAAACCGCCGAUUUUAAAGGGUUCCCAAUAUAGCGAGAAUAUCAAGGAUUUUGUUAAAUAUUGCUUGAUAAUGGAGGCGGACAAGAGACCAUCUUGCUCUACUUUAUUGCGUCACUAUUUCAUUACCAAACAGACUCAUCCUGAUGUACAAGCAGAAUUGGUGGAGUUGAUUGCUAGCAAGAAUGCUUACUUCAACACUAAAGUCUACUCCAAGCCCAGGCGCAAAUUGAACUGUGACGAGAUCGAUAGCGUUAAGGAUACUUCGGAGAAAUCUGCAGCUUAUCCUAGCAGUGUGUAUCCAAUAGAGUGGGAAUUCACUCCAACGAUGGGCAAGCAAAGAUGUGAGAGCGGCGAUAUAUCCCCCAUUUCCGAGCUGCUUGAAACAGAUGAAGGUGGUGGUAAUAAAGAGAAUAGAGAAUUAAAUCACAAAACGAUCAACAACAUUCCCAAUUCCGAAAUGGGCAAAAGAACACCAUUAGAGUUGAUUGACCUUCAUGCGGUAGUCAAAACCGAUAACAAGAGUACAAUACUAUUUCAUUGUCUAGAAAAAGUUCUUCGAAGAGGGAGAGAUAACGAAACUAAAAAGGGGGUGGAGAAUUUGAUUGAUAUGAUCUAUGAUUGUGAGCAAAAGCACCCAGGUUUAUGUCAUGCUUUAGUUGAGGAAAUUGAGAGGGCAAUUUGUAGAUGA